AUGUCGUCGUCCCAAGAGCAGGGGCCCCGCCCAUCCACCCCCCAACCCCAACCCCCCUCCACUCCCAACGACCCCCAACCCCCCCGCCCCCGUCCAAACAUCUCCUCCAUGCUCUUCAUGACCGCCUUCUUCUUCUUCAUGUCUGGCGGCAACCACGCCCCCGUCAAUUCCGGCUCCGAGAUCGGUCCAGACGGGCAGAUAGCACCGGGGGUGACAGAGUAUGAGUGGGUGAGGGGGCAGAGGGAUGAGUGGCGGGGGUGGUUGAAUGGGACGGGGAAUUAUAUAGAGCCGCCAAUACCGGAAGUACUCCCAAUGGCCUUGAUCCCACCCAAAUACUCCCACAAACCCACCGAACACGGCUUCUACACAAACAUCACAGGCUUCUACCGCGGCGCCACCAUCCACCCCCUCUCCCUCUCAUCCCUUUCAUCCCCAAAUUCCUCCCUCUCAUCAUUCUGGCAAGGCUCCACCAUCCCCCCUGCGAUCAACCAUACAGCUAGCUGGAAUGAGACCCGAGCCGAAGCUAUGCGGGGAUCAUGGGAUUGGGCAAGUACGGUGCGAUGGGAUAUGUCCCUCCGCGAACGAAACAUCUCCAAACCAAUAGGCGACGAGUGGAAGUCGAAAGAAGAUGUAGAGUAUACCGACUGGAACUGGGUCAAAGGUUCCUUCACCCUAACCUCCCGUCCUCCCAACCAAGUAUCCACCCUCAACGACGAAACGAUCAUAUACGACUUUUACGGCCUCCACCACCUCCCCAACGGGACAUACAACCUCUACGCCCUGCCUGUCGGUAUGCGCCCCGACGUCCGGCGAUUACCCGGUCUUUGGGGGGAGGGGAAGAAUGGGGUGCAGGGGAGUGUAGGGAAUGUUACGAGGGGGAUCUUGUUGAGGGAGAUGGAGAGGGAGGUUGGGAAUCAGGAGAACGCGUUUGUGCUUGGGAAUAUGAAACCCGACGACAUCUCUGAAAUAACAACCUGCCCCCUCCUCAUCUCCCUCACCCUCCCUCCCCUCCCCCCACACUGGAAAGCCGAAAUCGACGCAUACGACCGCGAACUCGUCAACCCCACUGGCCUGCUGGCAAGUAUGAAUCGUCCACCAGGAUACUGGCAAACCCUCCCAGGCUUGGGCGGGGUUGUCGUCGCAGACCAAUGCGGCUGGGCUUUGGGGAUUGAAGGUGGGAAGGGUGUUCCGGUGGGGGAAUUUUGGAGGGACGGUGUUACUUACUCAGCAUUCGCCACCUUAACCCAACUCCUUCUCCUCACCCUCCUAAUCCACCAAAUGGAAUCCACCCGGACCCCCUCAACACUAUCCAAAGUAUCCCUCUGGACUAUCAUCAUCAUGUCUAUCGCCGAUAGUUAUGUCUUCAGUAUUCAUGUGGUGCUUGGUAUACUGGGCGAGGGCGGCGGAGGGGGGGUGGGAAUGUUUGUACCUGGGUUUUUGGGAUUGUGUGGGGCCGUUAUCUUUGGACCUAGAUACGCCGUACUCCUACACCGUAUCCAAGCCCCCGAAGUCGAUUCGCGCCCCCCUCCUCCUCCUGCCCCGCCUUCUAUCGCUCAAGCCCCUCUCCCAGCCCCCGCGGACAAUACAGCCCCCAUCAACCAAGCUCCCACCAAUCAGGUCAACCGAAUCCCAAUCGCUUCCGAACCCCGAUUCAAUAUCAAUGUUGUAGAAGUGGUGAGGUCGGCGUUUAGGGCUGCGCCUGCUUUGAAAUGGCUCCUCCUCCUAACAACCCUCUUCCUCCUCCCCUCCAUCCUCUUCACCCCCCGCCUCAUCCCCUACGUAUUCUACACCAUCUACAGUUUCUGGAUUCCCCAGAUCUGGCGGAAUGCUCGGAGGGGGAAUGGGCGGGCUUUGGAGUGGCGGUUUGUUUUGGGGAGUGCGGUGGGGAGGGUUGGGUUGGUUCUUUAUGCGUUCGCAUAUAAAGACAACAUCUUCUUUAUCGAACCCAAAACCUGGGUAUGGGGCUUGGUUCUGUGGCAAGCGGUACAAGUUCUCAUACUCUACGCUCAAGAAAAGUUCGGUCCUGCAUUUUUCCUUCCCAAAAGCAUGGCACCCCCAGAAAUGUACAACUACCACCCCCACAUCCCACCCCCCGACGCCGAAAACCCCACACCCUUCGACGGCGAGACGACGUGUUCGAUCUGUUAUGACGAUGUCGACCUUCAUCCCUUCUCCCCUUCCCACCCCUUCUCGCCUCAUUCCCCUUCUCACGCUCACUCGAAUGGUCAUAUGAGGGCGGCAUCAACUUCAAAGACUGGGGGGAAAGGGAAAGAUAAAAAGGACGAAGCACGAGAAGGAGGGAGGGACGUACUUUCAGGACUGGGACUGGGCGAUAGGAGAGGGUAUGCGAUAGCGCCUUGUGGACAUGUGUUUCAUACGGAUUGUUUGGCGCAGUGGAUGGGUAUCAAAACGAUAUGUCCUCUUUGUAAGAGGAGUUUACCGCCAAUGUAA